AUGACUAAUGAAUUAUCAAAAGAAAAUUUCUAUUUAAAAAAAGUUUUUAAAUGUACAGACAAAAAAAUAAAAAUAUUUAAAUCUUAUUUAAAAAAUAAACUAAAAAUUAAUUCUUAUACACUUGGUGAAUUUUCUCUUAAAUAUGAUGAGAAGUUUCAGAAAAAAUUUUUAUCAAGUAUUCUAAAAAAUCAUGUAAUUUCUAAAAAGAAGAAAGAUAAGCUAUUUAUUAUAAAUGAAAUAAUCUUAAAUAAAGAUUUUUUUCAGGAUGAUUUUUACUUUCAAUAUUUUCUAAAAAAUGUGUUGUUGAUGGAAGAUUUAUUAUUAAGAAAACUCGAAAAUAAUUUAACUGAUGAUAUUUUUUUUAAAGAAAAAGAAAAUAAUUCAAUAACUAAUUGGAAGGAGUGCUAUAGUGAAAUAAAAAAAAAAUUAAAUGAAAAAGGCCUAGAUGAAAAAAGUAAAAUUUUCAAUAAUUCUAUUUUAUUAUUUAAUUCAACUAAAUAUUCUUAUGAAGAUAAAAAUUGUUGUGACUUUUUUUAUGGUUUAAAAUUAUGGGAUAUUUUCUUUAACUAUGUUUCUUUUGAUUUUUUAAAUUAUUUAUUGUCUAAUACUCUUAUUUUUAUAUCUGAUUUCCUUUUUGAUAAUUCUAAUAAAAAAUUUUCUCUUCAAAAUUCUUUUUUUAUAAUUGUCAGUCAAAUAGAGUUAAAAUACAAAGAUAGCAAAGAAAUUGAAAAUAAAAAUUUUUCAAAGAAAAAAAAAUUAUUUUAUGACACAAAACAGUUGCAAAUAAUUUUCCAAAAAAAAAAUAUAAAAGAAAGCAUUGAUAAAACAAACAAAGAAGAAGAACGGAAUAUAAAAAAAGAUAUUAUAAUUAAAGAGGAAGAAGGUCAAAAUAUAAAUGUAAAUGCAAGAAAAGGUAUAAAUGAAGAUGAACAAAAAAAAAAAAAAAAUUGCAUUAUAAAAGAAGAUAAAAUUAAAUAUGAGGUAGAUAAAAAGAUAAAUAUAAAUGUAAAAAAGGAUUUAAGUAUAAAUAAAAAUAAAAAACACAAAUGUAAUAUAAAAGAAAGUUUAAUUAAAUAUGAAAACGAUAAUAAGACAAAUUUAUGCUCUUACAAAAUCCUUUUAAAUAAAAGGAAUAUUAAAAAAAAUCUUAAAGAAACAAAUAUGCUUCGUAAUUGCAAAAAAGAAAAAAUAAUUUAUAGUGCAACUGAUAAAAAAGUAAAAAAAAAAAAGCACAAAAGAACAAUAGAUAAAAAAUAUAAAUAUUUAUUAAAAAAGAAAAAAAGAGAAUAUAAAAUUAAUGAUUCUCAUACAUAUGUAAAACUUUUAUAUUUGCUUCAGUGUAGUGGACGAAUAUUAAAAAAUGAAGUUUUAAAAGAAAUUCAAGAAAUUCAAAUAGAAGCAAAUGAAUUAAAGAAGAAGAAUAAUGAAAGUAAUGUAAUCAAAAAAAAAGAAUUAAAAAUAAAAAAAAAGAAAUAUGAUGACAAAGAAAAAAAAAAAAUUAUUUUACCACAGAUAAAAUUUUUUUAUAGUGAUAAAAAACAAAAUGAAGAAUUUUACAAGGAUAAAAAAUAUAAUAAUAAAAAAUAUACAAAUGAUAAAAAGGGGUGGAAUAAAAUAAUAAUAAAUAGAAACAAUAUAUUACAGCAUAAUACUACAAAUAAAUAUAAAAAUUUUUUAUUUAAUGAACAUAUUAUCUUUGAUAAAAUAGAAAAAACAUCUUUAUUUACUUACCAUUUACUGAAUUAUAUUUUUAAAUCAGAUCAAAAAUAUUUUUAUCAUAACAAUUUUAUAGAUGAAUAUAAGCAAAAAAUUUCUAAACAAAUUAAAUGUUUUACAAAAAAAAAUGAUAUUUCAUCCAUCAUAUCAAAAAAAGAAAAUAUUUUAUUAGACAUAGAAAAAAAAGAUAAAAUUCAAAAGCAUGGAAUAAAGAAAAAUGAUAAACAUGAAAAUAUAUGGUCGCGUUUGAAAAAAACAAAAAUACUUAAAUAUGUGUAUACCUAUUUUGAAGAAUUUAUAAAUAAUGUAAGAAAUACAAAGUUUCAAAAAGUAUACAAUAAAUUUUUUCCAAAAAAAUAUACUAUAAAUAGAAUUGCAAAAAUUUUUAAGAUAAUAAAAUUAAAUAUAAUAAAGAAAUAUCGUAUUAUAAAUAUAAGAAAAAAUAGAAAGUUUAUUAAACAAAAAACUUAUGAUUUUUUUUUUAAAAAUUAUGAUUUUCUUUCUUUUUCUUUCAAAACAUAUAAGGUUAUUAAUUUUAUGGUUUAUAUAACUAAAAAAUGUAUACCUGUCAAGCUAUUAGGAAGAAAGCAUAAUUUCAAAGUUUUCUUAAAAAAUGUCAAAAAGUUUUUAUUAUUUCAUUUUAAGGAGAGUUUUUCAAUGGAUCAAGUAAUGAAGAAUAUUAAAGUAAAAAACAUUUUUCAAAAAGAAAUAAAUAAGUAUAAAUAUCAUAAUACAAAUGAAUACUCAAAAGAAUUAAAAAAUAUAAAUAGGUUUCAAAAUGUUUUUAAAUCUAUAGGUAACGAAAAUAAUUUAAAUUAUAUAAAAUAUGUAAAAUUAAACGGAAAAAUCCAUUAUUAUAGAAAUUCUACUCCUUUUGAUAAAUUAAAAAGACAAUAUUUUAAUAAAGUUAAAAAAAUUAACACAUCAAUUCAAAAAAGACAUUUAAUGAAUAGAUUAAUAUAUUUUCUAUUUAAUUAUUUUAUUAUGCCUAUAAUUAGGAAAUUUUUUUUUCUUACUAAAUCUGAACAGACGGUUCACAAAACUAUAUACUUUGAUAGGAAACUAUGGAAUUAUUUUACAAAAAUUUCCAAUUUUUCUUUAUAUCACCAAAAUUUUGGAAGUAAGAAAAUAAAAAAAAAAGAAGAAAAUACAUCAGAAUUAAAAAAAAAAAAAAAAAAAGGCAAAAAAGUUAUAGUUAAUCAAAGAAAGAAAAUUAACAAAAAUAUAAAAAAAGGAGUAAAUAAUAAAAAAAAAAUACAAAAAAGGAAAAUAAAAUCAAUUUAUAAUAUCAGCAAGAGAAACAAUAAAAUUAAAAGUGAAAUAUUCAAUCAAGUAAAUGAAGUAAAAAGAAAUCAAACAAAUAAUAAAAAAAAUAAUGAAAUUAAAGUAUUAAACAAUUAUUCCAAGCAAAUAAAUGAUAAAUUACAUAAAAGUAUUGAUAAUUUAUAUAAUAUGAGAGUGCUUAAUAAAAAAAAUGUCAGACCAUAUUUAAAUAAAUUUUAUUAUAAAAUAAGAAAAAAAUACUUUUCAUUAAAAAAAAAAUAUAUCAUUUAUAGGAUGAAGUGCAAAUUAAAACCCAAAUCAAAAAAAGAAUUUAUAAAUUAUAUUAAUUAUGCUACUGAAAAGCAACAUAUUUUGAAUUAUAUUAGUAAAUAUUUUUUUAAAAAUAAAAAAGUAAAUUAUAUUAAAAGAUUCAUUAAAUUAAUUAAUAGAAUAAAAAAAAAGGUUAAUAAAAAAGUAUUACGAAAAAAGAUAAUAAAAGAGAAAUUGUGUAGUUCCAUUAUUCUAAGGAAAAAAUUAAAAAAAAAAAAAAAUAUACCUAAUACUCAUGAGGAACAAAAUUAUUUUAAAAACCAGAAAAUUGUGAACAAAAGAAAAGGUAUAGAUAAAAGUAAUAGAAAUGAUAAAAAAAAAAUUUAUAUAUAUAGAAUGAAAUGUAUUAUAGAAAAAAGAAACUUUUCGCUUAAAUUGAAUUCUAUUAAUAAUUUUUUUUCUAAAAAAUUAAGAAUAAAUUGGGUACCUAAAAAAAAAGGGUUAAGACCGUUGAUUAAUUUAUCAACGUUGAAUAUACCUGAAAGUGUAAAACAUAAAAUUUUAGAAAUUUUAAAAAAUAAAAAAAGUAGUGAAUUUUAUCUUCAUAAUAUUUUAAAUUAUUUAGAAAAAGAUAAAGAAAAAAAAAAAAAAAAAAAAAAAUAUAAUAGAAAGAAUUUUAAUCCUGUAUCUUUAAAUAAUAUUUGUAAUUUUUCUUUGAAAUGUUUAGGCAAUAUUAGACAUAAUAAAAGUUCCUUAUUUAAAAAUACUAUAACAAAAACAAAUGAAAUAGAAAUGAAAUUACAAAAAUGGUUGAAUUAUAUAAAAAAUUAUCUUUAUCGCAAAAAAAAAACAAAAAAAUUUAUAAAAAAUAAAUUAAAAAAUAAUAAAAGAAUUUAUGCAUAUAUAUGUGUAGGUGAUUUUUCUAACUGUUACGAACAUAUAAAUCAUAAUUACUUAUUUAAAAUUUUAAAAUCAUUUUUUGAAGGCAUAUCAAAUUUUGAAUUUAUAUAUUUAUUUAAAAGAUCAUUCCGAUUAUUUAAUAAACAUUUAAAUAAUUCAUUGUUAUCAUAUUAUCCAGUUAAUGUAGAAAAAUUUGGUAUUCAUUAUAUAAAUAAUCUAAGGGAUUUAAUUGUAAAAUCAAAUAAAAAUUUGAUGCUUAAUUUUUUAUUAAAGCAAUUAUUUAAAAAUAAAUCAAUGAAUGAUUUAUAUAUAUUUGCUGAUUCAUAUAAAAGUGUUUUGGUGGAAAAAAGAGAUAUAUUUAUGACUAUUAUAACUGUUAUUAGAUAUUAUUAUCUUAACAUAUAUUUUAGCAUUAAGGAAAUAAAAUAUAAAAAAAAAAAUAUUUUUUAUUUUCAAAUUUUUAAAGAAGAAAAAAAAAGAUAUUUAUAUUUAAGUUUACGAAACUCAAGAAAAUUAGAAAAAAUAAAAAAAUUCAAUAUAAAUCAAUUAGAAAAAGAUGAUUCUCAUGAAUCUAAUAACAGAAUAAAUAAGAAAUGUGAUAAUGAUACUUUGAGUAAAACUAAAAAUUGUGAAGUAAUUAGUAGUAAUAUUAUUAAUGAUGCUUAUAUAAGCGAAAGUAAUAAUAAAAAUAACGUACAUAUUGAGAAACAUAUGAAAAGAGAAAUAUACAAACAAAAACAUAAAGAAUUAAUUAAAUUAGAAAAAAAUAAUGGUUUAAAUAAAAUAUCAUCAGAAAAACAUGUCUUAAAUUUUUUAGAUAAAAAAAUUAUUAGUAAUAUAAAUGGUUUACCACAAGGAUUUAGUUUAUCCAAUAUUUUAUGUUCCUUGUAUUAUGCUUAUUUAGAUAAAAAUGAAGAGUUUCAAAAGUUACUUUAUGCAGAUAAUAAAAACGAGAAAUAUUCGUUAAAAACAGACGGGGUAUCAAAAUACUUAAAUUUAAAUUCUUUAUUAAUUAGAUUCAUAGACGAUUUUUUAUUUAUAACCCUCAAUAAAAAAAAUAUUAGAAAAUUUAAAAAUUUGUUAUUAAAAAAAAAAAUAUGGGGAAGUAAUAUCAAUUCAUCUAAGACAAAAAUUUUUAAGUUUCCAUUGAUUUAUAAGAAUAAUUUACUAAUUAAUAAUACUAUUAGGAAGCAUAAGAAAAAUAAAAAAGUAAAGUUAAAUACUUUAAAAACUAAGAAAAUGGGAGGAUUAAAAAAAAAAGAUAACACUGAUAUAUGCUAUAAUAGGUUAAAUAGCUUAAAAUAUAGCAUAUCAUCAAAUAAUUUAUGCAAAAAAAAUGUUAAUAUUUCCGAUAAUAGGAAAUUGAAUAAUUUUAAUAAAGACACUCUAAACAAUAUAAAGAGCAAAUAUAUAAAUACAUAUAACUGUCUGCAUAAAAUUCAAAAUGUGAAAAUGAAAAAUAUUAAAAAAAAAAAAAAAAAAUUAACAUCUUUUGAAAUUGAUAGAGUAAUAAAGUUGUUAAAAAAAAAAAAAAAAAAAAAUUUUAAAAGAAAAAUGCUUCAUAAUAAAAAACUUAAAAUUAAUAAGGAUAUUAGACGAUUAAAAAAAUUAAAAAAUAUGAUAAAAAAUCAAAGAAUAGGUUCUGUUGUUUCUUUAGAAUGGCUUAAUAAUUCAUAUACAUUUGAUUUAUUAAAUAAUUCUGUUCAUAGUACAACAUAUCCAUGGAAAAAUAAAAGUGAUGCUACUAUCAGAAACCAUUUACAUUUGAACAAUAUAAUUGUUGAUAAAAACAAUAAAAAUACAUUUAUGAAAAAUUUAGUAGAAAAUAGAAUAGUUAGAAACAUUAUAUCAAAACAAAAGAAAUAUAAAACAUUAUAUAAAAAUAAGCAAAAUAUAUAUUUUUGCUAUAAAAAAAACUUUAUUUUGCUAAAAACAUCCAUAUUAAAAUUUAUAUGUUCUAUUAAAACUUUAAAGCAUAUGUUUAAUGCUUUUUAUAAUUCUAAUUAUAACACAAAAUUUAUAUUAUAUUUAAUUUCUUAUAUGAAAAGGUCAUUAAUCAAAAAUAGAAAACUUAAAUUUGUCAAGUUAUUUUUAAUUGAAACAGCUAUAGAAUCUUUUCAAUAUGCUAACAUUUAUAUGAGUAAUAAUUCUCUUUAUCCAUGUCUGAAACUUCUCAAAAAAAUUAAGAACAGGUUGAUAAGUAAAUGCAAAACAAGAUAUAAAAAGUAUCACUUACGUCAAUAUCAUAAUUUAUUUAAUUUGAUUAAAAGAGAGUUGUUUAAUUCUUGGCCUUAUAUGUUCAAAAUUAAAGAAAUUAAUACACAUAAAAGUAAAAUUUGUCAUUAG